AAGGAAAAGGAAGGAAGGGAGGAUAAGAGUGGAAAAACAAAAGAAAAAAGGAAAAGUAGGAGAAGCUGCUCAGCCCAUCUCUCCGUGGCCGCCUUACACCUUUUCUUAUAAAAAGGGUCACUCCUUUCCCUCGACAUUCUCUCUUUAAAGGCGGAGGAGGAGGACAAGUAGUAGUGAAUCUAUCAACCUCCACUUCCUCUCUCAUUAAUGGCGUCUUCAAGCCCCCAACAUAGCCACAUCAUCGAGGUUAAAGCAGGCAAAUCCGUUGUAGAAAGCACGACAAGCCUGGCGAGCAAAGCCUGUGGAGAAGCACCCUGCGGCUUCUCAGAUCUCAACAACGCUUCCGGUGACGCCCAAGAACGCAAUGCUUCCAUGAGAAAGCUCUGCAUCGCCGUGGUGCUGUGUCUUCUCUUCAUGACCGUUGAAGUCUUUGGUGGCAUCAAAGCUAAUAGCUUGGCUAUACUCACCGACGCAGCUCACCUUCUCUCUGACGUUGCUGCUUUCGCCAUCUCCUUGUUCUCCUUGUGGGCUGCUGGCUGGGAAGCUACCCCUAGGCAGACUUAUGGGUUUUUCAGGGUUGAGAUUCUUGGUGCUCUUGUCUCUAUCCAGCUCAUUUGGCUGCUUACAGGGAUUCUUGUCUAUGAAGCUAUCAUCAGACUUCUUAGUGAGACCAGUGAGGUUAAUGGGUUCCUUAUGUUCCUUGUUGCUGCUUUUGGGUUGCUUGUGAAUAUCGUGAUGGCUGUUCUGUUAGGACAUGAUCACGGUCACGGUCAUGGACAUGGUCACGGUCAUGACCAUCACAGUCAUGGGGUGACUGUUACCACACAUCAUCAUCAUGGUCAUGAUCAUGGUCAUAGUCAUGGAGAGGACAAGCAUCAUCACGCUCACGGGGAUGUGACUGAGCAGUUGCUGGACAAAUCAGAGAAGAGAAAGAGGAACAUCAACGUCCAAGGAGCUUAUCUUCAUGUCCUUGGAGACUCAAUCCAGAGCGUUGGUGUUAUGAUUGGUGGAGCUGUCAUUUGGUACAAGCCGGAGUGGAAGAUAGUUGAUCUCAUCUGCACGCUUGUCUUUUCGGUUAUUGUCUUGGGGACCACCAUCAACAUGAUCCGAAGCAUUCUUGAGGUGUUGAUGGAGAGUACGCCUAGGGAGAUUGAUGCUACAAAGCUGGAAAAGGGUUUGCUGGAGAUGGAAGAAGUGGUGGCUGUUCAUGAGCUUCACAUUUGGGCUAUCACGGUGGGGAAAGUGCUGCUUGCUUGCCAUGUUAAUAUCACACCGGAGGCGGAUGCGGACAUGGUGCUCAACAAGGUGAUUGAUUACAUCCGCAGGGAGUACAAUAUCAGUCAUGUCACUAUACAAAUUGAGCGUUAAAGUAAAAACAUUUGAAGAGUAUUUUGUAUAAGCAUAUUCUCAUUGACAUGAUGAUAAGAUCAAUAAAGUUUCUUUCCUUUUUGUUCA